AUGUACGUCCGGCAGAUGGAGCACACGAAGGGCCACACGCAGACCCUGACACAUGGACAGUGGCAUCCAUUCAGGAGUGAGCUCUUCUUGACAUCUUCGCUGGAUGGCACCAUGCGGAUGUGGGACAUGACAGCCGACCCCGUGGGCAUGGACCAGGUGCUGCCGUGCGUCCACGUGCUGAAGACGGUGGACAAGCGCAACGUCUGCGUGGGCGGGGGCUCCGGGAAGCAGGGCGGACUCUUCCCCACCGUUUGCUGCUACUCCCCGACCGACGCCAAGAAGAUCGUCGCCGGCUGCUCCGACGGCUCCGUGCAGCUCUUCUUUGACAAGGCCGACUUUCUCAGGGGCAGGAUAGCCACCCUGAUCAACGCGCGGCAUGCCUCGCCAGGCGCGGUUCAUGCGGCCAGACAGGACCCGAGCUGCGGGCGGGGAGCCGGGCAGGACCAUGAAGCGCAGCGCGCGCACCUGGCGCCGAGCCGCCGCUCGAGUGGCGGCUCCGGCCGGGCGCUGGACCUGGGCUGCGGCCGGGGGCGGCACAGCCUGGUGCUGCUGGACCUGGGCUACGAGGUGACGGCCGUGGACCGCGACGCCGCGGCGCUGGAGCAGCUGAAGCUGCGUGCGGAGGCGGGCGGCGCCUGCGAGCGACUGAGGCUGGCGCAGAUCGACGUGGAGUCCUCUCCGGCGAAUCUGGGUCUCUUCGACGUGGUGCUAGUGGUCAACUAUGCCUGCCGCCCACUGCUGCCUUGGAUCCUGGAGCUCGUGGCGCUUGGGGGCCUUCUGAUCUUCGAAGCCUGGGCCGAGGGCAACGAAGACUUCGCGCAGGCCGCCAGCCCCCAGGCGCUGGAGCGGCUGCUGCGGCCCAAUGAGCUGCUGCAAGCGGUGCUUCCGAGCUUCACCGUGCUGGCCUAUGCCCACGGUCUGCAGGAGGACUAUGAGGGCAGAGACUGCGUGAAGCAGAUGAUUUGUGCUCGCCGGACUGGGGAAGGUGUCACAUCCCAGCACCCGACUCACCUGCUCAAGCGCUUGCUUGCGACAACGCCUGAUGCAUCCUUCCUGAAGGAGCCCUGCUUCGGCAAAGAGUGGCUGCACGCGGCGGGUGCUGCGCCGCUGCUCCACUUCGGCGUGGAGGAGCUGUUGCAUCUGCUUCGGGGCUACGACCCCAAGGCCGCCAGGGCGGAGUACCUUGCCCGCAUGGACUCUGGCGCGCCUCGCCCGGCGCUCUGGGGCGUGUCCCUGGUGCGACGGCCAACGGGCGCAACGGGCGCGACGGAGACAAUGGAAGAGGGCAAGAUCCAGGGGUUCCUGCAGGCUGCCAAGCUGGUCACGUCGCAGGAUGUGGUGGAAAGAGGGCAAGGCUGGACCAUGGUGGUGGCGCAGCUCCAGGCCUGCGACGCGCUCCAAAGCUUUCACCAGGGCCUCUUCGCCGCUACAGGCCUCAGCGGCGGCAUCAACGCGUACCUGACUCCGCCAGGUGCAAUUGGGAAGCCUCCACAUGUCGAUGACCACGACGUGCUUGUCUUGCAGCUGAGCGGCUCGAAGCGCUGGACCCUUGAGGACGGGAAGGCCGCGCAGGUGACGCUGCAGACGGGGGAUGUGCUGUACCUGCCGCAAGGUCUGCCGCACCAUGCUGCAGCACAGGAGGACCCUUUGCCCUCGCUGCACCUGGCGGUGGGUUUGCAUCGCCAGCCCAUGGCCGCCUGCAGCGUGCUGGGGGCGCUGGUGACGUUGCGGGGCCGCGACGGCCCCGUUUGCGGCGAUGUGUUGCCAGCAUCGUUGGUGGAGGAGAUGGAGACGAGGAGCGCCAGCUUCGGCGCCUUCGCUUCUGGGCGACGGCACUGGCUGCAGCAGCUGCUGUCGAUGCACCUGCCAUUGGUGUGCGCCUUGGAGCCUCAGAACUUGGAAGCAGGUGUCUUGGACCAGCUGGCGCAGGAGCUCCGCGGCCGCUGCCGGGAGCUCGCUGUCCUCAUCCGAGAUCCGGGCGGCAGCUUCGGGGAUGCACCGGGCGCGGCGCGGCAGCGCGCGCUCCUGCGGGCGGCAGCCGCAGGAAGUGAGACAGAGCUUGAAGACAUCGCGCAGCUGCCCAUGCAGGAGUUUCGAGAGCUGGCCGGGGCGGCCUUCUGGGCGCGCCGCGAGUUCGUCAUGGACCAGCACUUCACCCACAACGGAAGCCCCACGGUCCCUUCGGCCCCAGCUGAGCUGGAGAUCAGUGAGCUUCGCCCUCGGCCGGUGGCAGCUUUGCUUCGGGGCGGCGUGCUGCGGGUGAACGGCCGGCGCUGGUCGGUGCAAGGUGACGCGCUAGAGGCCGCGCGCCUGCUGCUGGGUGAUCAGGCGGCGGCCGCUGCCAGGUUGCCGCCGGCUGCAGUGCAGCGUGCGGCUCGAGAGCUAUUGGACGCUGGCGCCCUCACUUGCCCCAAGAAAGAGAUCCUCCGCACCUCGCACAGCGCGGCGGUGACGGACAUCGGCUUCGUGCCGGAGGGCGUCGAGAGCAAUUUGCUCAUCACCCGCACCUUGGAAUCGAUUCGAGGCUCCCUGGACAACACCAUGAAGGCACACCCGUCACGCGGGUGGGGGGACUGGGGAGUUGUGCAGGUUUGGCAGCGCCCGUCUCCUGUCUUGCUUGUGUCGAGGAAAGAGCGGCGUUAA